UUUCAUCACUUUUCGAAAAUCCCCAGCUAGUUUCGGCCACUAUCGCUUCUUCUGCUUCUGCUUCUGCUCUAAGCUAUGGCCUCAAACUUUAGCUUGAGGAGUUUGGUAAUAGUUGCCCUUACAUUUUCUCUCGCCGUGCAAGGCACUCUUGGAGGGAAUGUGAUAGAAUGUGAGAAUCUGAAGCAGGACACAUGCUCAUUCGCAGUGUCAUCAGCUGGGAAAAGAUGUGUGCUUGAGAAGCAGGUGAAAAGGAGUGGGGAGGAAUCAUACACGUGCAGAACAUCAGAGAUUGAAGCUGAUAAAGUGAAAGACCACAUUGAAACUGAUCAAUGCAUAAAGGCUUGUGGUUUGGACAGGAAGUCCCUUGGAAUCUCAUCAGACUCUCUUCUCGAGUCUCGCUUCACACACAAGCUCUGCUCCACUCAUUGCUACCAAAAUUGCCCAAGCGUUGUUGACCUCUACUUCAAUCUCGCUGCUGGUGAAGGUGUGUUUCUUCCCAAGUUGUGCGAAGCAGCAGGUGGAAAUGCUCGUCGAGGAAUGGCUGAACUCAAAAGCUCUGGCAUUGUGGCACCAGGACCUGUGUAUUCCGUGCAGUGGACAGCUACUGCUCCUGAACCCUUUAACCCUGUGGAUUAAUAUAUAUACCCACCCCCUACCCUACUAUGUUGCAGUUUUUAGAGCACGCAAAGAAAUUGAGAGUGGCAUAUAAUUAAACAACUUAAUAUAUGUUUAGUUUGAGACAAUGAAGUUGCACCUCCAUAGGAGUUUCGGAAUUCAAGAUCGCUAAUUCGCUAUAUAUUUUGUUGUACAAUAUGUGGCUGUAAUAGGUGGUCUUAUUAUAGAUAUAAAUUUGCUUAUUAUGAUUGAAAAGCACCUCUCUUUAUGAUCAAGUUUAUAAC